AAGUUUAUCAACCCCAGUGUAUGAAACAUCUCUGCUCAGGUUGCUUUCAUGUGUUUUAUCUUCUGGUUAACCCUUCGAUUGUGUUGGCUCAUAAAUUUCAUAAAAGUGAUCAUUUACAACUUAUAUGCAACAUGAAAUUGUAGAAACAGCCUUAGAUAAUGCUGUUUAACUGUCAUAUCAGUCAUGCAUAUUUUUGGCAAGAGUAGGAAAUCUCAUUAACCUUGAUAUAAGCAUUAAAAGUAUCCAUUCAGCUUGCAGGCCAAGAAAUCUGGAAAUCAGAUGGUCCAGGUUAGGCAGGAGCCAUGUGUCCAAGACCAAGAUGCUGGGUUUUGUCCCACUAUCCAUGUACUGGCUAGUUUUCUUCAUGUUUAUUAUUCCAUGAUUAUACAAUGGUAGUCUACACCCCAGGAAUCGCCUCCAGAUAUAUGUUUUAUCCAGGAAAAAGAUUGACAUCAGUUGUCUCUGAUCCUUUAUAUCGGAAAAGAUUUCCAGAAUACUUGCCUUUAUACUCGUGGCUAGAACUGCGUUAAAUGGCCAGCCCUAAUAAAGACAUACAGCGGCCAGUGCCUCGCUCUUCCAGCCUAACAGGAGGGUGGCUGGUGAUGGUGGCAAUAUUUCCAAGGGGAAAAUAAGUUCUUUAAAAGCUCGAGCUGUCUUGAUUGACAUGGAAGAAGGAGUAGUGAAUAAAAUUUUGCAAGGACCAUUGAGUGAUGUGUUUGAUAACAAGCAACUCAUCACUGAUAUUUCUGGCUCGGGAAAUAAUUGGGCUGUGGGUCACAAAGUUUUUGGCCGCCUUUACCAAGAGCAGAUCGUCGAGAAGCUCAGGAAGUCGGCCGAGCACUGCGACUGCCUGCAGUGCUUCUUCAUCAUCCACUCCAUGGGAGGAGGAACAGGGUCUGGACUUGGCACAUUUCUUUUAAAGGUGCUUGAAGAUGAGUUCCCAGAAGUAUACAAAUUCGUGACCUCAAUUUAUCCUUCCAACGAGGAUGAUGUCAUAACUUCACCUUAUAAUAGCAUCUUGGCUUUGAAGGAGCUCAACGAGCAUGCGGACUGUGUGUUGCCCAUUGACAAUCAGUCAUUAUUUGACAUCAUUAGCAAAAUUGACCUCGCAGUGAGUUCUGGAAAGUUGGGCGCAACUGUGAAGCCCAAGAGUCUGCUUACUUCCAGUGCUGAGGUUGUGAGACAGCGGCACAAGAAGCCCUUUGAUGCAAUGAACAACAUCGUGGCAAAUUUGCUACUUAACCUGACAAGCUCGGCACGAUUUGAAGGAUCUCUUAAUAUGGACCUUAAUGAAAUCAGCAUGAAUUUAGUGCCUUUUCCUCAACUUCAUUAUCUUGUAUCAAGCCUAACCCCUCUGUAUACCCUGGCAGAUGUUAACAUUCCCCCUCGAAGGUUGGACCAGAUGUUUUCAGACGCAUUUAGUAAAGAUCACCAGCUUCUACGGGCUGAUCCGAAACACGGUCUCUACCUCGCCUGUGCCCUCAUGGUCAGAGGAAAUGUACAGAUUUCAGAUCUUCGCAGGAAUAUCGAAAGAUUAAAGCCUUCUCUGCAGUUUGUGUCCUGGAAUCAGGAAGGUUGGAAGACCAGCCUGUGCUCCGUGCCGCCUGUGGGCCAUUCUCAUUCGUUGUUAGCUUUAGCCAAUAACACCUGUGUGAAGCCCACCUUCCUAGAGCUGAAAGCACGGUUCCUGAGGCUCUAUAAGAAGAAGGCUCACCUUCAUCACUAUCUGCAAGUUGACGGGAUGGAGGAGGACUGUUUCACAGAAGCCAUAUCAUCUUUGUCCACACUUAUAGAGGAAUACGACAAACUGGACGCCGCAAAAGGCAUGCCUGUGCAGGACCUGCCUAGGCUAAGUGUGGCUGUCUGAAAAAAGAACCCAAAACUACACAAUUUUUUUUUUAAUUUCACAGUGUUCUGUCACAUUUGUGUGAUUCUGAAAGCCCAGUUUGUUUCUUAGAGUACUAAGUGUUUUUGUCUGGCACAGAAAUGAUACCAGUGAGUGAAAUCAAAGAAGUCGUUACCAUAUCUUCAGACAUCAGUCUUCAAAAAGGACCCCUGUCUGAGAGAAGAAUGUGUUAACACUUUUUUACAGCUUCUAAUUUGGGCAUUUAUCCACUGGUCUUUACUAUAACUCUUACAUGGCUGUAACUUUGUAUUUACUUAUAAUUUAUUGUAUGAUUUGUAUUUUUCUAUUUAAAUUCUCAUUCUUUAUAAUACAGGGACGCAGGGGUGGGAAACAUACAGCAUGGGUGCUUGAGGCCCAUGCAGUCAUUUGGUCUGGCUCUGCCAAGGCAGUCACUGGCAGGGCUCAAAAUUCCAUAAAUCUAUAGCAAGCUAACUUAAGUUUGUAUGACCCACAAAUGUUGUUACAAAUAUCCCAAGGGCCUUAGGCAGGAAAAGCUUCCCUAGCCUUGGUGGAAGGGACUCAGUGUUGGUAGUUCCAUGUAACAUCCACUAACCUUACAAAUAAGCUUUCUUCAAACUGCUAAGAAGGCUUUAUUUAUUCUUUGGGUAACAGCGUGUUUGCACUCAAAAGAAACAGUUUGUACAUUUAACAUGUAUUAAAUUUUCAAAUAUAAUUUUUGGUCAAGCCAGUUGGUUUUAUAAUAAGUAUCCAUGAUUGAA